AUGGCUGAAGAUAAUAUAUUGAUUAAAAAAAAUGAUAAUAUAUAUGGUAAUAAUUAUCUGAAUAAAAAUAUAAAUGAAAUGAUGAAAAACAAUUAUUAUAAUAAAAAAGACAUUACAAAUCAGUUAAAUACCUCUAAUAUAUUAUUAAUAAGUAAUUACAAUGAUGAAAAUAAUGAGUUAAGUUUUCCUGUUAAUAAUAUAAAAUGUGGAAAAAAAGAAAAAAACAAAAAUAUGAUAAAUGAAAAACAAACUAUUAUUAAUACUUCUCUUCCAAAUAACUUGAAUUAUAAAACUUUUUUAAGAAAAAACCCUAUAUUUAAUCAUGAAAAAAAUAUAUAUAAUAAAAAUACAAUAUAUUCUACUAUAAAUAGGAAUAAUGAAAAUUCAACACAUUCUGAUUUAGAAAAAACUUCUUAUGAUUAUAAUAUUUUAAAUACUGAAAGUUUAGAUAAUUAUAUAAAUUGUUACGGUGACAAUGAAGAUUUAUUAAAAAUUUGUACUCAUAUUAAUAGAAAUAAUUCACCUUUAAAAAAGUGUUAUGAAAAAAAUAUUUCAAGUGGUUUAAUUAAUUUUGAUGAAUCUCAGAGAGAUAAAUACAAUAAUAUUAAUAAUAAUAAUAAUAAUAAUAAUAAUAAUAAUAAUAAUAAUGGUUAUAAAAAUAAUAUGAAUGACAGUAUAUAUUACAAUACUUUAAAUGAUAAUCUAAGUAAUUAUUAUCCACUUUCAUAUCAUAACGACAACAAUAGAAAUGAUCUUAAUUUUAUGCAUAUAAAAAAUAAUGUAGCUAAAGAUAAAUAUAUCAAAAUAAAUGACAGAAAUUAUUAUGACAAUAAGAUAUAUAACCAAUCUAUUAAUAAACCAGAUAUAUUUAUAAAAUUAGACAAAAAUAUAGCAAAUAUCAGAAAUAGUAAUAUAAAAAGAAGUAUACUUUCUCAUAGAAUAACAACAAGUAAAAAUAAUGGCAGUUAUUACUGUGAGAAACUUUUAAGAGAGCAUAAAAAUAAAAUAAAUAAUGUAAAUUACGAUAAUAAUUCUAAUUUAAACAAUAUAAAUAAUAAUAAAGAUUAUAUUAUGUUUAAAAAGAGUAAUUUAUAUCCUAUUAAUGGUAAUACUUCAUACAAUGAAGAUAACAUAAAAUAUAUUAUGAAUUAUGGUUUUAAUUAUAACAAAGAUAAUAUUCCUUGUAGUAAUAUUAACAAGAAUAGUAUGAAUAUUAUAAAAUAUAAUAAUAAUAAUAACAUAAUAUAUAAACAAAAUGAUAUAAAUAACAAUAAUAACAAUAUUGCAUAUAAAUCAAAUUAUAUACAUAAUCAUAAAAAUAUAGAUAAUAUACAAACAAACAUUAAUUGCAAUAUUAUUAACAUGAAGAAAGACUUAAAUAUAUUAAAUAGCAAAGAUAACAAUAAUUUUAAUAUUAUUAACAUGAAAAAAGACUUAAAUAUAUUAAAUAGCAAAGAUAAUAAUAAUUUCAAUACAGUUAAAAGAAGUGAACAAAUAGAUUUACAAUUAGGUGAUAAUUAUAAAAUAAAAGACAAAAAAUUAAAUGAACUUAACAUAUGCUAUAAACGAGAAAAUAGCAAUGAAAACUACAGUAAUGCAAUAAAAAGUGAUCUAUUUAAAACAGCCCAUUGUUAUGAAUUAGACAAAAGUAAUAUAAUAAAGAUAAUACCUAGUAAUAAUAAUAAUAAUAAUAAUAAUUAUAAUAAUAAUUAUUAUUAUAACAAUGUAGAAGAAAAAAAAAAAAAGGUAGAAAAUGAAAAUUCAAAUAAUUUAAAAAGUAUGGAUGAUUUACAUAAUUUUCUUAAUGCAGUUAAUGAAUAUGAAUCUAUAAAUGAGAAAAAGAUUAAAACAGUAUAUAUACAAGAUUGUGCAUGUUUACCUAAAAAAUGUAAAAUAAAUUACUAUCAAAAAAGAGGAAACUUUAAUUAUAGUGGUUUAUUAACAUCUAUGGUUUCAUCUAUUAUUACACAACAGAACGAUAUAAAAAUUGAAGAAAAUAACUGUUUAGAUUGUUCAUGGAAAACAAAUCAAUAUGAAUAUACAUUAUUACAUCAAAUUAUAGAUACUGAAAAAAAAGACAAAAUGGUUUCAAAUGGAAUGGGAGAUUUUCAAAGAAAAAAUUCUGAUAAAUUAUUAUUUUUAACAUUGACUUUAAUGAUAUGCAUAUCAAUAUUAUGUAAUUAUGAUCAUGGUGCUAUACCUGUUACAUUAGAAGAAAUUCAGAAAGAUUUUCCUCUAAGUUAUAUUGAACAAUCUUUAUUAGGUAGUUUAGUUUAUUUUGGUUUAAUAAUUGGAACUAUAAUUGCAAGUAUUCUGUUUGAAUUAUUAUCAGCUAAGUUAUUAGUGACAAUUAGUAUAAUUUUAUUAUCUAUAUCAUUAUAUAUAUUUAGUCAUGCAAACUGCAUUGCAAUUAUGUAUAUUUCAAGAUUUGUUAAUGGGCUAUGUCAAGCUAUUCCUGUUGUAUAUUUGCCUGUAUGGGUGGAUGAAUUUUCACCUGAUGAAAAGGCAACUCAAUGGAUGUCAUAUAUUCAGUUGGCAUCUAUUGGAGGAACUGUAUUUGGUUACUUUUUAGGUGGAAUAUUAUCAAAUAAUAAUAAUUCUCAUCAUCACAAUGAUUCUAUUUUUUCUAAUUUAUCUUUUUUUACUACGUGGAGAUCUCCCUUUUUAAUUCAAGCAUUUUUAUUAUUACCUAUUUUUUUAAUUAUGAUUUUUGUUCCAUCUAAUAAGGUCAAUAUAACUUCCAAUUAUAGUGAUGUAGAUAGUUCUACUGAAAAUAAAAGUGGAGAAUCUAUGGAUAAUAAAGAGCUAUCAAAUAAUAAGCAAAGUAACAAAUUGGAUUAUUCAUUUAAAAAUAUUUCAAAUUGUACAUAUAAUCAACAAAAAUAUAAAAGAAGUAAAUCAUUGCAUGAAUCAAAAAAUAGUUUAGUUCAGAUGAAUUUUAAUAGAUCAGCUACUUAUAUAAUGGAAAAAAAAACAAAUGUUCUAAAAAAAACAUUUAAAGAAGUGAAAAAAUUAUUAAAAAAUAGAUUAUAUAUAAUAAUAACUUUAGGUAUGAGUAAUUUGUAUUUUGUUGUAACUGGUAUACAAUUUUGGAUAACUGAAUAUAUGUCUGUAGUUUUAUUAACAGAGAAGAUGAAAAUUGUUACUGUAUCUACUUUGUGUUUUUUAACAUCUCCUACAUCAGGUGUUUGGUUUGGUGGUUUUGUUUGUGAUUUAUUUGGUGGAUAUAAAAAUACAAAUUAUUCUAAAACAAUUAAGGUUGCAACUGCUUUCGCUAUUUCUGCUUGUAUUUUUGGAAUUUUAUCUGCUCAUUUGAAUAAUUUCAUCUUUUUUUCAAUAUCCUUAUGGUUAUGUUUAUUUACAGGUUCUGCAUUAGUACCAGUAGCUGUUGGAAUGCUUUUAUCUUGUGUUGAUAAUCAUCAAAAAAGCUUAUCAUCUGCAGUUUCACAAAUUAUAUAUAAUGUUUUUGGUUGGUUUUCAGCACCAUUAUUAUCUGGAAUUAUAAUGGAUAUAAUGCAUAAAUAUACUAAUGAUAAUCGACUAGCUUUAAAAACAGGGUUCACUAUGAUUCUCUACUCAAGUUUUGUUGGUUUUCUUUUAUUACUAUAUGCAAAUUUUUUGGAUUUUUCUGAAAAAAAAGAAAAUGAUGAAUUAUUAGAAUUAGAAGAACCAUUGAAGUAA